AUCUCUCUUCUAUAGCGAUACUUUCGAGAUUAUCUACCGCGAAGAGGCUUGAAUACCCGAUUUCAGAAAUGGCCGAAGUACCUCCAGUCUCUGGGCUUUCAGCCAAGGUGGAGAAGAAGCGGAAAAGACAGGCAGACGAGUCUACCAAAGAAGAGAGCAAAGCGACGAACGACAGCAAGCCCACAGAGGGACCGAGCAAGAAGAAGCAACGGCGGAAGAAGAACAAACAGGCGUCGAAAGAACAAGAUAUCAAGGACGAAGAGCGCAAAAAUGGAAUUGAUGAGUCAAUUGGGAAGAUGGAUGGGCGGCUGCUGGCGGAUCAUUUUGCGCAGAAGCUGAAGAGGCACAAUAAGGAACUGACAGAGGUGGAAAUCAGCGAUCUCUAUAUCCCAGACUCUGCAUUCCUGGACACAUCAUCUUUCGAGGGCGCUAGGUCUAUGGACAAACUUCCUGAUUUCCUGAAGAACUUCAGUCCUAAAGGCUUUGAUUUAAGUAAGGCUGCGGAGGAAAAGGGCAGCCCACACACCUUGGUAAUCGCCGCUGCGGCUCUUAGAGCUGCUGAUCUGGUUCGAGGACUUCGAGCUUUCCAAACGAAAGAAUCUAUCGUUGGCAAAUUAUUCGCUAAGCACAUUAAGUUGGAGGAAGCCAAACAGUUCCUCGAACGGGCACGAAUUGGCCUCGGCGUUGGAACACCUCAGCGGUUGUCUGAUCUCAUUGAUUCAGGAAAGCUCAAACUAGAUCAUCUGGAACGGAUCGUGAUUGAUGGCUCACAUAUUGAUCAAAAACAGCGCGGUGUCUUCGACAUGAAGGAGACACAUCUUCCGCUUCUACAGCUGCUUACUCGUUCUGAAUUGCGGGAUCGUUACGGGGCAAAGCAGAAGCGUAUACAGAUUCUGGUGUUUUGAAGGAUGAGCAUGUACAUCGGCGUUUGGGCUGGUAAUCUACCUCGAGUAGGUCUCAUAGGUACAGAUUCAAUAUGUUUUUUCAGCUAUAAUUAAAUAUAUAUCAACCCUUGACGUCUCCUG